AUCUCAAAUCAACUUCCCAGUAUCGGUCGCUGAAAAAGAAUUUGAGAAGAAUAUAUUUACAAUUUGCAUAGAAAAUCGCGGGAAUAUUUACGUAUAGAAUACGCCUAAAUGUUUACAAACACGUAGCGAGUGUUUAUCUGAAUAGGAUAGUUGGAAAUAGAUCCACAACAUGGCAGCCAACAACAGCAAUAGCAAUAUACACAAUAUGGGGCCGGGGACGGGUGCGGGACUGCCGCAAUCCGUGAUAGCCUCCACGGGUACCCCCCUGGGGCCGUCUCCGUCAGCCACCAGCAGUGCCUCACAGAGUGCCUGGGACCAGCUGACGGCGAGUGCCUCCAACAAUAUGUCGCCUUCGCCCACAGCUGGGGCGCCCACGGUGACGGGGCCGAUUUUAAGCGAUGCCCCUCCCUCCCUGGGGUCUGGUCACAUGAGUGCCGGCAGCUCGCCAGUGGCCAGCUGCUCCUCCCCCUCAACGCCGACAAAGACGCACGCUCCAUCGCCCCUGGAGAGCAUGGCCCACACCCCGCAAGGGCCGCCCACGCUGGGUCCGGGUCCUGGAGGAUACGGUGAGGAAUUGACUGCCGAACUGGUGAAUCAGGGCUGGCGCAAGUUCUGGUCCAAGCGGGAGAAUCGUCCGUACUACUGGAACAAAGUGACAGGCGAAUCGCUGUGGGAAAUGCCCGGCACGAGACCAUUCGAUCCAUUAACGGAUCCCCUGGGUAUUUGCCAUGCUGGCGGAGCCACGUCAAUUCCUCCACACAUGCAGCAGCAACAGCAGCAGCACCACCAUCAUCUGAAGCGAAGGCCCUCUGAUGACAUGCACGUCCAUCCGAAUCAGCAGCAUCAGCACCACGGGGGCGGUGGACCGCCGAUGAAAAAGUUCGUCCUGGCCGGACCCUGGGACCUAGAGGUGUGCACCAAUGCGGUUAUUGUAGAGCGUCCGCCCACAUUGCUGCCCCAGCCACACCCAGAGGUUGAGGCACUUAGAGCAGCACUAAGUAUGAAACUGCUGAAGACCUACGAGGAUUUGUGCAUGAGGAGGGAGAACAUCAAGGCGCCGAGGGACUCGUUCAAUCGCUGGCUGAUGGAGCGCAAGGUGAUCGAUACCGGAUGCGAUCCGCUGCUGCCCAGCAACUGCAAACCCGAGAUAUCAAGCGCCAUGUACCGCGAGAUCAUGGCAGAUAUACCCAUAAAGCUGGUGAAGCCCAAGUUCACAGGGGAUGCCCGGAAGCAGCUCUCCCGUUAUGCCGAGGCUGCUAAGCAGAUCAUUGAAUCCAGAUCAGCGCCGCCCGAGUCGAAGAAGGUGGUCAAGUGGAAUGUGGAAGACACGUUCCAGUGGCUGCGGCGCACUGUGGGCGCCAGCUACGAGGAUUUCCAGGAUCGCUUGGCUCACUUGAAGCGUCAGUGCGAGCCGCAUCUGGUGGAGACGGUCAAGAGUUCGGUGGAGACGCUUUGCGUGAAGAUCUAUCACAUGUCCGCGGAUCAUUCCCGCAAGAUACGAGAGCGACACCUGCAGCUGUUGAAGGAUCAUGGUAUACCGGAGCCAACGCCUCCACCACCGCCGCCGCACCUGAAGAAGGUCUGGUGCUAUCCCAUUCAGUUUGCAGUGCCCUCGCCCCGCAUGCCGGCCAUCGAAUAUCUGCAGGAUCGCGAUCACAUGAUCAUCAAGUAUACGCCCGCAGCCAUCAAUCAGCCGGAUGCCCAGUAUAUCAACCUCACCUAUCUGCAGAAGCUGGAGCAGCUGUAUCGCCACAACUGCUUCGACGACAAGAAGUUUGAUCUGUUCAUUGGUCGAGUGUGGUGCCUGCUGAAGCGCUACCAGACCUUCCUUGGCAACUCAUUGAACUCAUCGCAGGAAGCGGAGAUCACCCAGGCGGCCUUGCCAGUGCCGGUGUUCGAGUGCCUUCAUCGUCAUUUCGGUGUCAGCUUUGAAUGCUUUGCCUCGCCAUUCAAUUCCUAUUUCCGGCAAUAUUGCUCCGCAUUCGCGGACACGGAUGCCUACUUUGGCUCCCGAGGGCCCUUCCUGGAGUUUAAACCCGUGUCGGGAUCCUUCCAAGUGAAUCCUCCGCAUUGUGAGGAAUUGAUUGAAGCUUCUUUGGUGCAUAUUGAUAAACUGCUCACCGAUACCAUGGAACCGCUGAGCUUCAUUGUUUUUGUGCCCGAGUGGAAGAGCAUAUCCAGGCUGGACGAGAGCAUGUACAAGCGCCGCUCAAUGGUGGUCCUUGGCAUGGCCCACGAGUACAGGCAUGGAUAUCAGCAUAUGCUGCAGAAAUCGGAAGUGCUUAUCAAGUGCAUGCAGGGCACCCAGGUGGUGUGGCUGCAGAACAGCGCCGGCUACGCCCGCUGGGGACCCAACGAGAAUCGUGUGGAGGCAUUGCGCGAGGCCUUCCGGCCGCAACGGGAUCGUGAGCGUGAACGAAUGGCAGUGGCUGCCGCCAACAGUCAUCCCAGCCAGCAAUCUCCUGCGGCCACGCCACCACCGUCUACAUCCGGUGCGGCCACAGGAGUUGCAUCAACGCCGACAACGUCCAGCGCAUUAAACAAUGUCAGCGCCAGCAAUGCCACAGCCAUUACAACGAGCGCCAGCAGCAACAACAUCCCAUCCCCAGCCUCAUCUUCCAUUCUGACGCCUCUUUCGCCGCACACACCCACUGGGAAUCCGCCUCCGCAGUUCCCGCCAACCAUAAGCAAUACGAGCAACAGCAGCAAUCUGGUGGCUGCCUCGCCCACAAUGAGUGUACAAAGUGACUGCUCAUCGCCCUCAUCAUCCACAAUGUCGCUCUCCCCAGCACCGGCUUCCGGUGGCUAUCCUGAUGGCGGAACUUCGGCAACAGCGGCUGCUGUUAGCAUUACGGCCACGGCCAGCACAUCGUCGGCAGGCACUGCCUCAGCAUUUGGCCAGGCCACCAGCAUCAAUAGCUCUGCCAGCACCCAGGCAGCCAUCAAUUCGGCUGUCUAGAAGGCAAUGAAGGAAGACAGCAGACUGCUACUUCAAUAUCCGUAUUGUUCUAUUUUUUUCGAAACUAUCUGUGCACUUUUGGGCUAAGUACCACAAUGUUGUGUUUACUUCGAUUAGCAUAAAUAUUAGGGGGACAUUGCAUGAGGAAAUCAAUGAGUA